CGCCGCCUCUUCGCGACGCCCGUCGCGUGACGCCCCCUCGCAUCGAACGCUAGACGUUUGAUACUAUCGCGGCGCACGAGUUAAAGAAGUGUAAAACGCUCGCACUCUCCUUGCUGCACGCAUAAGCAGUUUGGUCUCGCCGCUGAACCAACCCUCGCGACCACUUCGCAGAUUCAUCAUGCCGUCCGCGGCGCAACUUAAGAAGCAAGGCUACGCCGAACGCGUGCACAAGCUUUUGGAUAACUAUGAUACCGCGCUGUUAGUGCACGCCGAUAACGUCGGGUCGAAACAGUUCAUGGACAUUCGCGCGUCGAUUCGUCCGGAAUCCGUGGUGCUCAUGGGUAAGAACACGCUCAUGCGCAAGUGCAUCUCCAACUAUUGCGCCGCCAAGGGCGACGACACGUGGAUGAUCCUUUCGAACAAGCUCGUGGGUAACGUCGGUAUCAUCUUCACCAAGGGUGAUUUGUUGGAUGUUCGUAAGAAGAUUCAACAAUUCGUCGUGCCGGCGCCGGCGCGCGUCGGCGCCAUCGCGCCGGUCGAAGUCGUGGUGCCGGCGGGUCCGACUGGGAUGGAACCGUCACAAACGUCCUUCUUCCAAACGCUGAACAUCGCGACGAAGAUUAACAAGGGUACGAUUGAAAUCCUCAACGACAUCGUCGUGUUACAACCGGGCGACCGUGUUUCAUCUUCUGCCGCUGCAUUGCUCGGUAAGAUGAAGUUCACGCCGUUCACGUACGGUUUGAUCGUCAUGGAAGUCUACGACAAGGGCGCCAUGUACCCGUCCGCCGUCUUGGACAUCACCAACGAAACUCUCGAGAAGAAGUUUAUGUCCGGUGUCGCCCAAGUCGCGUCGCUUUCCUUGGCGUCUGGCUACCCGACCCUCGCGUCCGUGCCGCACUCCAUCGUCAACGCGUACAAGAACGUCCUCGCCAUCUCCAUUGGUACCGACUACACGUUCGAGUUGGCGCAAAAGGUCAAGGACUACCUCGCCAACCCGGGCGCUUUCGCGUCCGCGGCUCCGGCUGCGGGUGGCGAUGCUGCCGCCGGCGGUGCCGCCAAGGCUGCCGCCGUCGAGGAAGAGGAAGAAGAGGCCGAAAUGGACUUCGACUUGUUCGAUUAAUCUCGAGAAAAGAAUGGUGUUCCUUAGGAAAUGCUAGACAAUUU